ACUAUUCAUGCAGCACUAUUCAUGUUACUGUAGCAGCAGAAUUAGAAACUUUGGUUGGAACAUUAUGUCAAAAUGCUGGAGUAUUUAGAUAAGCAGCGUAAAAGAGCCGAAGAAGCAAAGAACAAAGUGCCACCUCAGUCAGCAGCUGAAGCUACACGUCAGAUGCUCGAAAAAAAGAAGCUAAGUUCAAAAGUCAACUACGAUGUACUUGAAAGGCUUUUUGAAGACGAUAAAAAGAAUGUCACACAGACAUCAGAUGAAGGCAAAGAUAUACAGAAUCAUUCACCAGUUGAAAAUGUGAAGAGAACCCGUUCUGUCUUGUGGGCAGAUGAGGAUUCUGCUGACUUUAAAAAUUCAAAAAGACAAGCUCUUCAGGGUGAAGCGACUGAAGGAAAUGCAAUCGAUUUCAAAGAAGAGGGAGCUGAGUUCAAAGAAGAGAAAACUGACCCAAACAUGGAAGAUGAGCUAGACGGUGAUGACUUUGACAUUGAAGGUCCCGAUGGAUUGGAUAAUGAACACUUGCAACCAUACAAGCUGCAGUAUGGACAUGAAGUUGAAUAUGAAUAUGAUUAUGAAGAGUACUGAUUGUAUGUCACUCGUUGAAAUCAAAUCUAAAUGACCUUUAUGGUCUUUGUACAGCUUUCUUUGACAUAGAUUUGUUUAAACUUCUGAGAUUCAGUGGGAAAGCAUCCAGAUGCAUGGCUCACCAAUCUCUAUAUCGUUACUCCAAACAUGAAAGUAGCGUCUCCUUUAAUAUUUGGAUGUAAAUGCCAAUACCGAAGUCACCGGAUCUUGGCGGAGUUGUAAAUUUGGUACCUUUACUUGCAGAAAGACCAAAGUUAAAGCCCAGAAGUCAUCACCCAAAUUGUUCACUCACCAAAAAAAAAGAUGAUGUAAAUACUUAUUUAUUGUAUUAUUUGCCUUCGAGUGUCUAGUUACACAAAAAUAAAUUUGGUCUUGUAGCUAUGACUGGC